AUGUCGUUAAAAGAGUUGGACGAAAAGUUUGAUUUCAUGAAUUGGACAAGACAUAUAAACCAAUUUUUCGAAUUUCAUAACAUAUCCUUGCCAGCCGAUCAAGUAUUUUGGGUCAAAUCCAUCUCUUACAUGGAAUAUAUGAAUAGCCUAAUCAAGCUUAACAUAAAUGAAACCCAUAAAACUAGAACUUUUCACGAUUACAUAAUGUGGCAUGCUGUAGAACCCCUAAUAUCUCAUUUGUCGAAAAAGUUCAGGGAUGCACGUGACCCAGUCCUAAUGGCGGACGAUAUAAAAGAUUAUGAAGACGUGGCAGUGCCCGCUUGGAAGAAAUGUUUAUACAAAUUUCCCACGUUUAUGCAAUUCCCACUGAGUUCCCUCUACCUGAAAUCUAAUUUUAAUUCCUCCGAUAAAUUAAAGGUGGAAGGAAUGGUUGAUUAUUUGAAAAUGGCUUAUAAAGAAACUUUUCGGAAUCUUGAUUGGAUGGAUGAAAUUACUAAGAAUAGAUCUAUGGAAAAAGUAGAUGCGAUAAGAGCUAAAAUUGGCUAUCCGGAAUACAUCGUAGAUCCCAAUGAAUUGGACAAAGAUUACGAAGGACUAUAUAUGCGAGAUGACACUUAUUUUAAAAAUUACGUCAGUCAAAGAAGUGCGAGUGACUUACAAGAAAUCAAAAAACUUUUCGCGCCAGUAGAUAAGAAACGAUGGUCAGUAUUACCUCACACUUUUAACGCUUUUUACUCCUUUUCCGCAAAUGAAAUAUACCUCCCCGCCGGAAUUUUGAGGAAGCCAUUCUACGAUAAAACUUAUCCAGACUCUUAUCAAUUUGGAACUAUAGGUAGUGUUAUAACCCACGAAAUAGGACACGGCUUUGAUGUUGAAGGUAGGAAAUAUGAUAAAAAUGGUAAUCGGAACUUGUGGUGGACAAAUAAAUCUAUCGAAGCCUUCGUAAAAAAAGCAGUUUGUUACAUAUACCAAUAUUCCAAUUAUUCUAUCAAUGGCAAUAAGUUGGACGGCAGACAAACGUUAAGAGAAAAUAUAGCAGAUAAUGGGGGAGUUGCUAUAUCUUUGAAAGCAUUGAAGAGUUAUCAGGCCAGGAAAAGGAGGGAUGAAUACCCUUUCAAAUCCGAUACAAUCGAAGAUCAACUAUUCUUCCUUGCUUAUGCUCAAAGUUAUUGUUCUAAGGACACGCCCGAAGCUCUAUAUGAAAAAAUUAUAUCUUAUUCUCACAGCCCUGGCAAAUACAGAGUAAACGGAGUUUUAUCCAACUUUAAACAGUUUUCAGAGGCGUAUAACUGUUCAGCUAAAUCCGCCAUGAAUCCUCCUAACAAGUGUACCAUCUGGUAGUUUAGAUCGCGUCUCGGAAAAAAAAUGAAAGAAUAUUUGAACAAAAAAAGAGUCAUUUAAUAUUAUACACAAACUAUUUAAAGCCAAAUUAAUUCUCACAUUCAUAUAUUAUAUAAUGUUAAAUUGACUAUGAUAACGGUCAAUACCCGAUCCGGUUUAUAGCGGAUUUUCAAAAACCGAUACUCGAUGUACCAAUAACAAUGAUUUUUUUUUGUUAUUCAU